AUGUCACAAGACAGGCAGAACGAACGGAUGAAAGACCAUGCUGAUAAUCCCAACAUCGGAAAUACAUCCCUAUCCCGACCGGCGUAUGACGAUACAUUGUCUUUUGGCACGUCACCCUUGGAGCUGUGUUUUCAACCUUUCUUGCGGAUUUGGCCGUCUAACGAUGUUGUCUUCACCACCUCUUACGCACAUGUAGCCAUUGCAGCUACUGCGACUGAAAGCAGCAUCACCACCCACAUAGGCUCAAGUAACCUCCUUAUCGGCAGCCGCGUAUGGGCCCAACUUCAUGGAGAUGCCGCCAAACAAGUACAAACUUUCUUACACUACCUUCUCAUUGCACAGGGUAUGAGUCUGGGAAUAUUAGAGGGUCGUCAACAACAACUUGACAGCCUUCAAUCCUUAGCAGUUAAGCUGUCUGUUGAGGCAGCCGCAUUGGCGCUUCAUGGGCGUCUCACAAAGCAUACAGCCAAUGUGCAGCAGGCGAUCAUGAUAUAUCAAUUGGCGUUACGUCAACUCAGGACUCAGCUCUCUCAUAUGAACAUCAAUUUGAUUUCAUCACCGAUUCUCAACGUAUCCAUAUUGACAGUUGUCAUGAACAUGACUCUUUUUGAGUGGAUCACGAAUUCAACUAGCAGCGCGUGGAAGGAACAUGUUCGCGGUUUGGCUGGAUGGGUAGAAAGGUGUGGUCCGGAGGCCUUUCGACAGGAAGACAUGAGGUUUGCUUUUGAGAGAGCCAGGGCACAUAUUGCAAGUAUAUUGGAAGAUGAAAAGCAACGGGUCAAAAUCCGCCGCGAACACCCUGGCAACGAUACAACAUGGUCAUGCAAUCUACGCCAAUCCUUAAGGCAUCGAGUCAUCAUGCUUUAUCAUAAACUUCUCAACAUACGUUGGGAGUGGGAGUUGCAGCAUCCUAUCUGCUGUUUCGAAAUAUCUCAGGAAUCCAGGACGAGGGGAAGAAGAGCGUUGUCCGUCAACGAAGCAACGGGUCAGCCAAUCUUCAACUCAGUGCUGUAUUUCACAGAUUUCCGACGGGCCGUGGAGACUAACUUCUACCAUUCCUGUCUGCUGAUUUUACAUGACGUUGCAAGAGGCUUGGGCAUCAUGGACGAGCUGAAGGAUAACCAAGCAUCACAUUCCUGCUUCUCGCACAAGACAAAUUCGCCGCUGACAUUUCCACACGAUAUUGAGUCGGAUCGUAACGCUGUACGCGACAUCUGCCGCACUGUGGAGUUCCUUUUGCAAUCGAUGCAUGGGCCGGCCGGCGUUUACGUUCUCAUGUUUCCUUUGCGUGUCGCACAGAUAUACCAUGAUUUUCGGUUACCAUCACGAGAUUAUAGGAAGAACAAAGUGAAUGAUAUAAAUGCAGAAACUUCUGUGCCUAUGCCUAACGUGUACAGGCGCGGUUCGGAUGCUCACACUGUAAAGUCACAAUCUGACGUAUAUCUCGAUAAAGGUUCUAGGGGCCAUAACGGAAGCCCCAGCAAUCUCAGACACAUCGAUGACGCAGCAGGCCCUCACACUUAUAACUCAGAUAAAAAGCAGACAACAGUGGUAUCGGAAGGUAGCAUAGUGGCCAAGCCUGAGCAGCAGGCUGUUAUUUCGGAGUGGAUCCAGAGGAUUAUGCGGCACAUCAACGAUGUACACGGCUUCAGCGUAUCGAAAAGCUACGUCUCAAAGAACGGUAGUUAA